UUUCCCCCACCGUCACUUCCUUGUGUCUGUAAACGGCGCGCGCUUGUUGAAUGGUUUUCACUGAAAAUAUUGUGUUAAAAAAGCAAGUAUGAGGAGUUAACUGUUUUAUUUAACGAUAUUAGAAUGGCACAGUUUUUGACUGAACCGGAUUGGCCCCAAAGUUUGACAUGUCUUAAAAAUAUAGAUGCCCUGCUGAGGUGUACUAUCUGUUUUGAUUACAUAGACAUUGCCAUGAUGAUUCAACAGUGUUCACACAACUAUUGUUCAUUAUGUAUAAGGAAGUUCUUGUCUCUCAAAACUCAGUGCCCACUGUGCAAUCUGACUGUGACUGAAUCAGAUUUGAGAAAUAACAGAGUACUUGAUGACCUUGUGAAGAGCUUCCGAUCUGUAAGGCAGCAGUUUUUGCAGAUUGAUUCCGAAUCUCCACCAAAGACCCCACAGGCACCUGGCAAAGUAAGCCGGGCAAAUUGUAAAGGACCCAUCAGGAAAAAAGUGCAGGAAAAUACGUUACGUAACAGCUUUCUUCAGAAAGCAAACCCUGAAUCACAAUCUUCCUGUACAGACAUAAGACCCAAGACUAUUAAGGUAGAGCCCCUGGAGAUUCCUACAGGAUCUGCAUCCAGUAUGUCUUCCAACCCUGAACAACCUUCAACUUCUUUGGGAGUUAAACAAUUUAUAAAAGUGGAAUGUCCAGCAUGCGGACUUGGCAUUUCUGAGCAGUAUAUCAACAAACAUCUGGACAUCUGUCUGACGAAGAGUGAGAAAAAGGAGAGCCUGAGAAGGACCUCUCUUUCCAGCUCUGUUGCCAAAAGGAAACCCAUGGCCAAAGUGGUUUAUGACCUGCUGUCUGAUCGGGACCUAAAGAAAAGACUAAAGGCGCUCACCCUUUCCACACAGGGAACCAGGCAGCAGCUCAUUAAAAGGCACCAGGAGUAUGUGCAAAUGUACAAUGCUCAGUGUGACUCAUUAAACCCCAAAUCAGCUCAAGAAAUUGUAAACGAAGUUGAAAAGAAUGAGAAGAUGAUGGCACAAUAUGACAGACAAUCCAAUAGUGUGAUGGUGUUUUCAAAGAAUCAAACAGAAGAAGAAAUUGAUGAAAUACAUGCACAAUACCGUAAACAGCACAAGAGCGAGUUUCAUCAUCUGAUUGAGAAGGUGAGAGGUCGCUGGAAUUCAGGAAAAAGGAAGAUUAAAGAAGAGCCAAUAGAAGAAGGAUCUUAUGAAGGAGAAUGCUCAACAGUGUUAGACGGUAAGAAGCCAUACAGAGACGUGACGACACCAGAGGCUUACAAACCCAAGUCUGAAUCGGAAGUUUCUUUGAAAGAUGAAUCACUCCUUAUGAAUGAAAUCCAGGCACCCUCAAGUCCUUCAUUAUCUAUGAUUUCAAUUAGCAGCUCCUGUUCAGACAUUUUCAAUUUUGAAGUUACAGAUGAACAUGAAGACCACACUAACAAUACUCUGGAAACAAAAACUUAAAAAAAGAUUCAGAAAUGAGAAGUGAUCCACAAGUGAUGGCAUGGAUGUUGAAGAUAAAACCAUUGGAACAUCAGGACAUUGAAAUGUAAUUCACUUAUCUACUGUGCAAAGACUUCCAGACCUUCUACAUCAGGAUCCCUAACAUUGUGGAGAAAUAACUGGACUUGACCUCUGGUUUCACUGCAGCAUUGGAAAUGUAUGUAAAGGAUGUGUCAGUAAAGAAGCAAAUAAUUGUUUUCAAAUGUAAUUGUGGCAGAGAUUUUUUUUUUUUUUUGGCCCAGUUUUACUUUGAAUGUUUGUCAUAUUCAGAAGAAAAGUUUUAGGAAUUAACAGUCUGGUUUGUAAAUACAAUGUAUUUUAAUUUUGUAUCGUUUAAAGGAUUUCUAAAAACACAGAUCAGUGUGACUAGAUAUGCUGCCUAAUUGAAACUGAAUGUGCAACAGAUGUCCAUGUGUUGAUAAUUGAUUAUCAAAGCAAAGCCAGUCCUUGGUUCUUCUUUUGUCUGUUCCUGUUCCUCGGGGUGAAGAGUCAUGCCUGCGUGGAUAGCCAGGGAGAGUGAACCAGAUGGAUCCACCAAGAUUAUCGACCCUCCAUCCUCAUUCUCUUGAAUUAAAAUGUGUAAAUUAAAGCUCUCAAGCACAAGUACAACUGGACCCUGUCUAAACCAACCUAGAAAUGAACUAGAACAAGAGUGAUGCACUCUACUUGUCACGUUACCAUGGGCACAAACUCCAUCAACUCCAGUAGUGCCUUGCAAAAUACACCAGCAGCUUUGCUUGUUAGCUGACAGGAGUACAUUCUAUUUGGGAAUAGUGGAACAUGAUGUCAUGUGUACAGACAGCACGAUGUGGAUGAGAUGUUACAGAAAGGUCAGUUUCCACUUGUUCUCAACCAAGAAAAGAAACUACCAGCAGUUAAAUACAAACCACUUUGAGAAACUCUCUUUAUGAACACUCUUUAUGAAGACAUUACUGUAGAUAUGAUAUUGCAAAUAUUAUGUAACUGGGAGUAAAUAUGAAGCCAGGAAUCUCGUGGGAUAUUGACAGAAACGUAAUGAUAUAUUCCUAUUCUCUCAGUUUUAAAAUCAUUCUGAAUUCAGCAUCAAUCCAGCUUUAUAUACAAAGUCUAAAUAAAAUAUUUUAUUCAUCACCCUUUGCUAGACAAUAAUGAUUUUUUAUACAGACACAUGUCUGGCACAUUGUCAGAAAGGCUUAACCUUUUCUGGCUGUUUGACUUCUGAGUGCAGCAACUCAUAAUGACAUUGGACAGGUCACUAAUCACCAGGUAAGUGGUUUCUAUCAUCAUGACAUCACAAAGGCUGGCUUUAUCUCUGGGUUAAAGCAAAGACAUUCCAGCAAGGAAAGUUACAUCCUCAGUUUGAUACUUAGCUACAAUAUAAAACCAAUCGACGUGUUCCAUAUCUAGAAGGGUUCAAAUCCAUAUUUUUUGUACUGCAGUAAAACCAUACCAGCAACCU